AUGCCUCCAGUUAUGCCGUCGGGCGGUGGCCAGAUGAAGGCGCCAUCAACAUUUGACAAGAUGAAAAUGGGUGCUAUGAUGGGAGGAUCUGUUGGCCUGAUCAUGGGCUUCAUCAUCGGAACCGUCUCGAUCUUCCAGUACGGUGCCGGCCCGAACGGCAUAAUGCGCACCCUAGGCAAAUACAUGGCUGGUUCGGGGGCUACGUUCGGCUUUUUCAUGUCAAUUGGCAGCGUCAUAAGAACAGAAGGCCACCCAGGCGCCUACCAGAUGUGGUCUGCCGCCCAUCGACGACCAAUGCUCAUCCCAAGCCAGUUCCAGAAUCGGCCACAGGCCCGAAAAGAAUAA